AUGCCUCCCUCGCCGACCGUCUCUGCCAAGGAUUCACCCCGCGCUCCGACCUCGGCGCAUUCGUCCAUUCAACAAACCUCAGACACGGCUCCUCUCCCUGAAGAUACACCCUCCUCCGUGACGCUGCCACCAGCGAACGUGUCCCUUGACAAGGUCUGCGUCCUGCUGAAGGAGAUUCUUGACGAAUUCAAGAAGGACGGUCUGUUCUCUGCCGCUCUCACCGCGUUCAACACCAUCGCCUUCGCCAUGCUCCAGCCUCAAUCAAGCGAUCAAACCAACGCGAUCUUGACACAGGUCUCUUCCCAGCUGAAAAGCUUCGCGCUCAAUCCCUCCUUCGUCAACUCCACCGCCUUGGCGUUCGGGAUAUCCAUGUCAUCGGCGACGAUCGGGAUCAUGGUGAAGCAAUGGCUCAAAGAGUACAACACCGGGCUACUCAGAAUGGGACAAACUGACAACGACGCGUUCCAGAAUAUCAGUGACACCGAACGUUGCAACUCGCUGCCUUCGCGGCAGCUCACCGGAUGCAAACGCUCGUCAGCGACCGUGGCCUCCGACGCGCAGACCCGCCUUCUCAAGACGUCCUCACGGGAGUUCAAGUUCAUGCGGAGCAUAUCCCCCAUCUGGCAACUCGUCAAGGACUCGGCGCCCAGGAUCCGCGAGUGCGACGGCAUCGCUGCGAUCCAGCCGUUCGUCGCGCACGCGUUCUCCUCCUUCGAAAUGCUCCUCAACACGAUCGACUGGUCGCUGCCUACGGCAUCCGCCAUCUGGUCACACCAUCCUUGUUGCGGCGCUCGAGACGCGUUCAUACAACUCGUUGGAACGGAGACUGGCGUCAUAUGGACCCGCGGAGUCUGGGUGAACGUGUGCAAAGAUCCUCCUCGAUCUCACGUCGAAGGUCCCGCCGUGCGGGCCCCUCCACCGGACGCGUCGUCUUCCGCCGCAGGUCCUCAACUGGAGAAACAGAGCGACCAAGCUGCGGAACCGAGCUCGUAUCCGUCCUUCAUUUCCCUGCAGAUUCCCCGUGGGGUGGACGCUGCUGCCACUCCACACGAAAUGUCCACGGCGCCCGACGCAGCGACCGGGACCCGACUGCUCGUCAGUAUACUAAGAACGGUCGAACCCGCGAGCGCAGAGUCAGAAUGGGACAAACUGUGGGAAAACGACGCGUUCCAGAAGAUCAGUGACGCCGGAACGUUGCACCUCGGUGCCUGCCUUCGCAGUAUCUCACCGGAUGCAAACGCUCCUCAGCGACCGUGGUCUCCGACGCGCAGACCUGCCUUCUCAAGGCGUCUCACCGAGGAGUUCGAGUCCAUGUACAAGAAUAUCGACUCCAUCUGGGAACUCGUCAAGUACUCGGCGCCCAGGAUCCGCGAGUGCGACGGCAUCGCUGUGAUCCAGCCGGUCUUCGCGCACGCGUUCUCCUCCUUCGAAAACUCCUCAACACGAGUUGACUGGUCGUGCCCGUAUCACGGACAACGCCUCCCACUUCUGCUGUAUCCUGAACAACAUACUCGAAUUCACUCCCAUCCCUCAGACGGCAUCCGCCGUCUGGUCACACCGUCGCUCGUUGCAGCGCUGGAGCACACGUUCACACAGCUCGUUGGAACGGACGACUGGAGUCGAGUGGAGGCCAUGGUUUCACGCCUGUGCGCAGGUGCCAAGAUCUCCUCCUCGAUCUCAGGUCGAAGGUCCCGCCGUGCCCUCCGCCCGAUGCGCUGUCUUCCACUAGAGAUUCUCAAUCAGGGGAACACAGCGACCAAGCUCCGAAACGCGAGUUCCCCUGUGGAUUUCCUCGCGGCACUGCCUUCGCGGCAGCUCACCGGAUGCAAACGCUCGUCAGCGACCGUGGCCUCCGACGCACAGACCCGCCUUCUCAAGACGUCCUCACUGGGAGUUCAAGUUCAUGCGGAACCAUAUCGGCCCAUCCGGGAACUCGUCGAGCACUCGGCGCCCAGGAUCCGCGAGUGCGACGGCAUCGCUGCGAUCCAGCCGUUCGUCGCGCACGCGUUCUCCUCCUUCGAAACGCUCCUCAACACGAUCGACUGGUCGCUGCCUACGGCAUCCGCCAUCUGGUCACACCGUCGCUCGUUGCGGCACUCGAGCAGCAUUCAUACAGCUCGUUGGAACGGAGGAUUGGCGUCACAUGGACCGCAGGGUGGUUGGGUGGGCAUGUGCAAAGAUCGCCUCCUUGAUCUCACGUCGAAGGUCCCGCCGUGCCGGGCCCCUCCACCAGACGCGUCGUCUUCCGCCGCAGGUCCUCAAUCGGAGAAACACAACGACCAAGCUGCGGAACCCGAGCUCCCCUGCAGAUUCCCCGUGGAGGUGGACGCCGCUGCCACUCCACACGAAAUGCCCGUGGCGCCCGACGCAGUUCCUGCCACUUCGCCGGCCGCCUCCAUGGAUAUACCACGCACACCGUAG